AUGCGAACACCGAGUGCUUUGUCAGGUAUUGCUUCAUCCAGAGACUCGAACAAGCGUAGCUCGUGGGACAGCAGUGGGAGUGUGCUGAGGAGUGGACAUUCGAGCAGCUACACAGGAUCAAUUCUUCGUUUUAUGCGUUCCAAAGACGGCCAUUAUAUGGGAGCAACUCAUGCUGGUAUUUCCCCACCUCUUAUGGGAGAUAUUGUACACCGGACAUCAAGUCGUGAAGCUAGUAUUUCAACACCUUCCAGCAGUCAAAGGAGUUUUUCCGAUUCAUCUGCACGGAAUGGCUCCCGUCGUCGCUUGGGCCGCUUCUGGUUUUCCAAUCCAUCUCGAUCAAAUGACGAAGAAGGGGCCUUGAUGGAAGGAUUUAUCAAACGCAGCACGGGUCUGUUUAGUAUUGCCUGGUUUUCUGAUACUGUGGCAAAUACUGAGCUUAAAGACCCUGGGCGCGGAUGGCGCCCUUUCAAAGCUGUCUUGAUAAGUGACACACUGAUGUUUUACAAAGUUCCUACACCGAUGAUUCCUGAGGUACGGCGUACUUUUCAAAUUCGGUCGACACAAUGGCCCAGCACCUUUCAUGCAUCAGACACGAUUAGUUCAUCGACGGUCGAGCCCGAUGAUGAUGACUCGGUGAGUCAAUCGACUACGAUUCCUGAUUCGUGUACAACAUUGACUGUCGAUGAUGGAGAAACAUACACUUCAUGGAAAAGUCCAAACAAGCAUCCAGAACUGCAUCUAGUGAAUGAUGAUGUAUUUCCAAGCUCUUGGGCAUCUCGGAUUGAUCGCGGCACGCCUGCUGCUCUGGCACAUGAAUUGGUAUUUGGAACACAGCGUCCGUCGGGUGGCUUGCUAAGACAAGAAGCGGACACCAAAACUUUUCUGCAUAUUGUUUUUUAUUCGCUUAAUACGACGCAUGUGCCUUGGCACAUUUUCCUGAAUGCGUUGAGUGAGUAUUUGGGUGUCUGCACCGCGACGAGCUCAGAUGUGCAGCGUGUCGCUCAGUUUGUCGAGCUAUUGCUUUGGAAGCGGCCUUUGUUACACCCUGGCCACGACCAGCACUUUUUCACAGCAAUGGAAUCAAUGAUCACACAACUGUCGCAAGUUGAAUCGACGCCAUACGCACCUAUGCGUCAGCAGCUGAAUGAAUGGUGGAAGCAGGUGCAGCUAGGAGAAGCUUGUGCACCAACUGAUUGGCUCAAUGAGCCUUUACGUGUGGCUGGCUCCUUGCGUACUGAUCUCGCAUCGUUAUCUCGAUGUUGGAAUGUGGCUGUAUUUGUUCAACAAGACCCUAGUGAAAUCGCGCGACAGAUCCACAGUUUCCAUGUGGACCGGCUCACUUCGUUCCUUCGUCUGCCUGUAACGGCAUACAGGCUGUCUAGCAGCGUCACUGAAACGGUUUUACGUUCGUUCCGCUUCGACGCAACUCGCCCCCAUUGGCUUACACAUGUUAUUAUGCGACAGCUGCUGGUCGACGAAGCGCCAGAGCGACAAGGUGAUGCCAUGGACGUUGACCGUGUGACUGUGCUUCAGCAUUGGAUCAAAGUGGGUGCCAACCUUUUGCACCUUGGCGAUUUGGCUGGUUGGGUGGCGGUUUGUGCGGCCUUGUGCUCAAGGGCCGUUGCUUCGCUCGAUAUAUUAUGGCGUGGCUUACCUGCUGCCAACCGUGAUCUUGUCACUAUGCAAUGGUCACCUAAGCUUGCAUCUUUUGGCUGGAUCGAGGGUGUGCAUGCCCCCGUCGAGCCUGUAUGGACCGUAGAUGGGGCUGGGCAUGUGGCAACGACCCCCGGAGGUAUCCCAUACUUUGGAAAUGCGGGUAUCCUUGAUGCAUCUACCACAAAGUCUGCUGCCAAUGCGCGCGUCGAGGUACAUGUGGCAUCGCAAGAACCUGAGUUCCACCGUGUGCGUACUUUGGCCGUUCGUCUUGGUACACUCUUCGAGAAUGGCAUGCCUAUCCCGAUGGGUCCAGCACCCAUAUAUGAGUAUCAGGCUCUUUUCCAGCGCUUGUCAACAUACGAAUUUGUGCUCCAAACUGGCGUGACGGAUUAUAUGGGCAGCGCAGUAAUCGUCGACGGGCGUGUAUUCCGGAGUACGCGUGUGCAAAACCCAGCAGAUUGGCCGACGAAAUGUGUCCCUGAUGGCGACGCUUUUUUCAUGUUCCCCAUGGUAUUUCCUGCUAUUAUGCCAACGCGUUCCGUGGCAGAUACAAUCAUGGCUCGUCGCGAUGUGCUCAUGUCUUCCGAGACAGACCGUGCUUAUGCAUCAUGUGGACGUUGUGCGGCUCGUGUCGCCGCCCAGGCUGAUGAGGUGCCUAUGAGUGACGAAUUAAUUCUAUAUCCCAUGCAUCCUCGUCUUGUAGGAGCCAAAUCUGUCACCACGAACAAUAUUUCAUCUGAAGAAUACGCACGAAAGUCGGCUCGUGAUAUCAGCGCGCAACCUGAAAAGCGUUUUUCUGUUGAAAUACGCGCUGCAACAAUCACCCGUUUGCUGGACAUUCUCGUACUCGGUACAGAUCAUCUUGUGGUGCGCGCCCCAGUUGAGCCUCGUACGGAGCCGAUUACAUAUCAGAUUUUAGGUGUGGACCUCAAUAUAUCCAUGUUCCGAGAUGCAUGCCUCUUAUCGUAUCGCAGUUGGAUUUCUGCUUCUGAUUUACUGGAAUCGUUGAUGCAGCGCUGGCAUGCAGCAGAAAGUGCUUGUCGAGAGCUUGCUUACUUCGCUCGUACCAAUGUACCGAAUCAGUUUCCGUCAUGGAAGCGCUCUCCCAAUGCACAAUACGCGCGUGAACCUGUGGAUGCCAAUCGUAUGACAACAAUUCGUCUCCGCGUUUUAGAGUCGUUACAUCGAUGGCUCGAGCUGUAUCCAUGCGAAUGGAUCGCCGACUUGGUGCUCUUCGAUACGUUGUACAAGUUUUUGAACAGCAUUUUAUCGGAAUGUACUGCUAUUUCAUCUGAGUCACCCGUGCUGGUGGAUGCCAUCCGCGAGCUUUUAAAUAUGCUCCCCACUCUUCCAAAAGAUGCGAUUGCAGCUUUGGGUCUAGAUUGUUUUGCCAACACUGGUUUGGCCCACAAUGAUCAUGUGAGUCGUGCAUUUGAUUGGACACUGUCAGCCACGGAUCUUGUCGUGUACCUUGAGUCCAUGAUGGCUCUUCCCUACUCAUUGGUCAGCUCACACGACUUGGUACUGACUGCACUUAUGUUUGAGCAAAUGCACGAUGAUCGUCAGUCAUGGCUCGAGGCUGCUUCAAGUGAUCCUGAUACGUGUCUGAGUAUGUAUCGCCUGCUUCGCCGACUUCCAGCAGUGACACAUUGUUCAAGUGGUACGACAGAGACGAAGCUGUGGGACAUAUUGCCGCGCUCCGUGCAAGAACUUUGCAAGAUUCAUGAAGUGUUGAGAGAUUGGGUUGAGGCUCAAGUCACGGAACCACGUAUUGGACUUUUGCGACGCAUUGCACGAAUACAUAAGUUUGUUGACGCUGUUCUUUUAAGUCGGGCAUCCAUGGCACAUACGAUGCGCCGCGCCACGACUAAUGAUGCAGGCGUGCGUGCACCUCUUCCUGUCACGUUUCUAGAGUAUGCCGUGUUGGAGGGACUGACUAGUUCCCGAUCGCAGGCUUACCGUGCAGCGUGGGAGCACGUGGCUUCUGAGCGAGGCGUCACUGCUUGGCUCGACUUGCUCGCAACAGCGCCAUGUACACUUCCCCCUGAUUUGCCUCCAUGCACACCUGACAUUGGAUGGACUAUCACUAUAUUUGCUCACUGGGCUGUACGUGCUAAGGCUCGCAGCUCCAAGACUCCGCUCAUUGAGUUUAAUCGAUAUAUGUCUGCAACGGAUCUUGUGAGCGAUGCUAUCAAGCUGCAACAGCGGUGCAUACCGAUCGAAGCAUGCCUCAGCGUAGCUCGACUUCGUCUUGUGUGGCUUCGAGAUUUCAUUGACAAGGCUUCCUGGCCAAAUACCAUGGUGCUUGAGGAUGCUGCUCUCGAGACGUCCUUUGGUUAUAUGCCAUCUGCAGCUCCUGUAUGUCUCUUCAGUGCACUUGAGAUGGAGCGUGAGCAAAAGCGAAAAACCGUAAAAGCUUUGCUGCUUAAAGCAAUCGACUUACCGGAUGUAUCUGUGGAGGAGCAGAAAGAUUUGCCCACUCCACCAUCAGAUGGGUUGCAAAAUGUGUCAGACACGUCAGUACUUGAUCCAUUUCACUAUCCGGAUGAUUCGUUACUUCGUGCCGUCCCAACAACGCGUGCCUCUGGUUCCUUUUGCUGUACCGGCGCUUUGCUAGUGGUGUGGCCAUAUCACAAGCAUCCGUUUGUUCUUCAAAUGGUCUCACCGAACGGGCAAAAGUGCACGCUGAAGCUGCCCAACUACGAUGAGUUUUGCCGCUGGCUUGCCUGUCUACAAGCUCUGCCACAUGUGCGUAUGUCGGAGUGUUUUGAUGCAGGAGCUUAUGCGGCGCAUGUGGCGGAGUACUUGGGACGCGCAAGUGCCUCCUGCGUAUUCAGAGUUCCGCUGCAUGAGCUCAGUAUUCGUAAUGGCGGGCUACCUCUCCCACCUGCUAUUGAGCGUGUACUCGAAGAAAUAGAAGCUCGUGGACUACAUGAACAAGGUAUAUACCGUAUCAGUGGUACCCGGAAUGCCAUCGAUGAGCUGCAAAAUCAACUCGAUACGAAGUCUAUUCAUCAAAUAUCGUUCUCUCGUAUUGAUGUUCAUGUGUUAUCAAGCGUAGUGAAGCAGUGGCUUCGAGAGCUACCUGAGCCCUUGGUACCCUACGCCUCUUAUGAUAUGCUGAUCGAAACAGAGCGGAUAACUCAGCAUGAAGUCCGUGUCAAGGCUAUGCGCGAUCUUAUUCGCACAUUCCCUAAGUGUCAUUACUUGGCAUUACAACGCGUAACGUAUCAUCUCACACUCGUGGCCAAGUCAAGCAAGUUGAACCUUAUGGCAGCUCAUAACAUUGGACUUGUUUUUGGCUCUACUUUGCUCAACCCACCAGCUGGUGCCGGCAGCGUGGCUCGUGGUCUCGAAAAUCUCGGCCGUGCAGCACAUGUGGUAAAAAUUGCAGUGCUCAUGCAUAAUGAGAUCUUCGGGUCUAGCAAACGUAAGCCAUAG